UUUUGAGAGUUGGCCUGAGAUGGCGCCAUAGCUGACAUAGGCUUGUACAGAUCUUGUACUUUGUAGCUGCCGACAGCUGUGCCGCAUGCAGAACUGCCAAAGUAGCAGGAUAGCACGAAUAGCACGACGGUCUCGCACAUGAAAUGCUCUCGGGGUCACGAAUUGCACUUGACACAUUUGCCAUGCGCUCGCAAACACCGAUGCACAGUUUGUCAUGAGGUGAUUCCAAGAUCCGCAAGACGGUUUAUGUGCCGAAGAUGCAGCUACGACGUCUGCUUCGACUGUGGUAUGCAUGACAACUGCCUGAUUGAUCGUUCCAAAGACUCGCAGAAGACGUUGCGGUCAGUUUUCAAGGAGUAUGCGAUUGGACAUCAUCGGAGUGUUGCUAUCAGCACCUCGUACGACAUUAUCUCGCCAAGCGAUGGUCACAUGCGACGGCACCAGCAUAAAAGGGGUCUUGGUGUUGGUGAGGACUGCAGAUAUGCUGUCUUUAGUGACGCCACGAUGAACGUCGAUACUUAUCACUUGCCCACCCCAUCGGAAAGGCCUGAUAAGCGAGAUGUUCAACCCUCUUCCAAUCCGACAAUCGCCCUGGCCCAGGCAGUCGUGAAGAGAUGCAUGCAGCUCGUAGAUGUUGUGGCUGCAGAAGUGGCUGCUGGUUUUGAUUGCCUAGACCAUGAGUGGGUGCCCAAACGCCCACUGAGCUCCACUCAGCCCAGCAAGAGUGGCUUUCUUACCAGACAGCCCCGGCAUGGAAUGAUCCUGUCGCAAGCGCAGAGGCGCUUCUUCGUUCUUUCACAAGGCUUGCUUCAGUGGCAGAAGGACGACUCCAAGGGAUCCGAAGUGCUUGGCGCCCUUCGGAUUGGCAGCACAACCAGUAUCUCACUGGAGGAGGACCUGAGAAUUCAAACCUGUGACUCGCAAGUCAUUCUGACGUGCCCAGAAGGUGGCAGUCUCAGAGAGUGGGCGGAAGCGCUUCGAAAAGAGGCUGAAGGUCCUCCCGCUGAAGAACAGGUUUUUGCAAUACAUCCGUCUUUGUCGCGAUUUAAAGACCUCAACUCAUCAACUUG